AGGUGAACGCGGCGGCGGCACGCAAUACUGCUCCGAGCUCUCAUUCAUAGUCAUACAAACUCAGGCUCGGUUCAUUUACACACGCUGGGACAUCACAGAAGAUACUGCUGCUGCACGGAUGACAUUCGGCGACUGUAGAUGUGAAUCUGAAAGUGAAUGUGAAAUCAAAUCGAAGCGCCGUUAUGUUUUGCUCAAGGAAAACGGUGUGACUGAAGCUCGGAUAAAGUUCACUGAAACGCACCUGAAGACCGAAGAUCUGAAAGCUCAUGACAAGACCUUCCGCUUGAGAGACCGGACGCUGGACACUGAUGUGAAACUGAAAGGGAUUCAGAGGAUUGCCUAAUAAACCAGGAGAGCCUUAAAUAACGAAAAUAAACUAAGACUGUGUGAAGAAGCCCAUAUUUUGGUUCAGUUAAUCUUUUUAUUCGGGAUUAUGUAGGAUUCAUAUCUCAUCCUGUUUGGGUUAUACUUGAGAGAAAACUUCAGGACAAGUGGCCAGCAGAGAAAAACACAUGUGAAGAAUGGAAGUAAUCUGGUUUCCCGACUUUUUUGAUGAUAAAAAUCGUUGGGAUCACACAGUUUGUGGUCUUUUCUUUGUCAAAUGAUUCCAGCUUCAGAUCUUAAUCGUUUUUAAAGAUAUUUUGAGACGUGUGACGAAGACCUACAAUGCAGAAGUCAAACUACAGGAAACUGUCUCUGUGCCAGGCUCUCGCCCUCGUAACACUGCUGCUCUCUCCAGGUUGCCUGUCAUCUCCGCCGUCAUCCAGUCGAGUAGAGCUGGGAGGUGAAGGGCUGCAUAUGCGAAGCCAAAUGCAUUUCAUGAAUGACUGGGCCUCAUGGGGCGGCUGGUCCGUGUGUUCGCGCUCCUGUGGGGGAGGAGCCUCUGUACGUACACGCACCUGCAUCACCAGAAACCUGGUCGGAGGGCCGUGCCCUGGUGACACCCGGCAAUAUAAGAUUUGUAACUCAAAGGAGUGUCCUGCUGACUUUAUGGACUUCAGAGAGCUGCAGUGUAAAGCGUUCAAUGACAGACCCCUGGUCGCUGGCAGCAGUUUCCACUGGACUACCUUUCACGGCGGCUCUGACCCGUGUGAGCUCAGCUGUCUGGCUAUUGGACACAACUUCUACUACAACUUUGGACGGGUGCUUGAUGGGACACCAUGCCAAUCAGAUCAGGGGACAGUCUGUGUGAAUGGGAAGUGUCUGAAGCCAGGAUGUGACUUGAUCUUUGGAUCGCAGCAGCAGGAGGACGCCUGCAUGGUGUGUGGAGGCCACAACUCAACCUGCCUUCAUCACAGAAGUGUUUAUCAAAGCAACGGCCAGAAUAACGGACUGUUUGGAUACAGUGAGGUCACCAUGAUCCCGGCCGGAGCCACACACAUCAGAGUAACUGAUAACAGCAGAAACUAUCUAGCACUACAGAAUGGACGCUCUCAGUUUGUAAUCAAUGGGAACUGGAAGAUCAAUGUUCCUGGAGAGUACAGUGUGGCUGGGACCAAACUGCAGUACCGCCGCUCCGCCGACACCUGGGAGAGCUUUGAGGUUUCAGGACCGACUCAGGAGGAUCUGCACAUCUUGGUCUUGUCCACUGAUAAGAAAUCUGGGAUAGAGUAUGAGUACUGGCUUCCUCCAGACCGAUAUGCCCUGUAUCAUGGGAGAAGUCAGCUUCGUCAGACUCACCACACAACAAAUUAUUUGCCAUUUGAGCCACCGACCACCAGGACCACCACUACCACAACCACUACUACAGCACAGCCAACCACUAGAGCUUCCCUCUGGGGUCCCGCUGCUCAAUGGCCUUUUCAGCCCCCCUAUCAGCAGCAGCCGGUCCCACGUUUGGAAAGAGAUGAAAACCGCAGGAAUCGACUGCCUGAAAUACAUCGUAGAGGCCACUGUGGGAAAUGUCGGCGGGUACGAGGAAAAGGUGAACGCCAAAGACAGUAUUGCCAGAAAGAUUUUGUAUUCAGAGUAAAAGUGCUGGAUAAAGUCUAUCUUGGUGAGGAAACCCGCUACGACGUCCAGAUCAUCCACACAUACCGCAACCGCUAUCGUGUGGAGCACCGGGAGUUCCUGUGGGCCCCCAAUAAAUGUGACUGUCCGCUUUUAGAGGAGGGCCACCAGUAUGUGCUGAUGCUUCGACGGCAUAUUAAUUAUGAACGCACUCUCAAUCGCAUCUUAAUAGAGGAGGACAGCUACGCUCAGCCUUAUCGAGUGCGUGAAGACAGCCUGUUACGCCCCCUGGAGGAGCUUUGUGGAAACAGAGGGAGCAGGACUCGCUGGUAAACACAUGGACUUUCACACUUUCACCACAAACUUUCAAGCACAAGAAAAUAAAUAAGGCGGCACAGUUAGAAACCUCACUACGAUACUGAUGAUUUUACUGAAGCAUUUGGCAUUCCACAGCAAGGACACCGGACACUUGAUGGGGGCAAGAGGAGGCAAACCAAAGCAAAGAGAGUCACUAAAUGAAGCACUUUAGGUGGACAGUCACCUUUAAAAAAAAAAAACUUAUACACCAAAGUAAAUAAUAUACACAGAAUUUAUGAUGCCCUUUUUAGCACCACAUGUUUGUUAAUGGCAUAAAAUCACUUGACAACAUGUAUAUCUUUAUC